UAAAUGUACCUUUGCGAUCAGAUGAAUCUUUAGAUAUUCUCGAGAUAUUAAAGUUGGCCGUAUGUACUUUUGAUCAGAAUGCAAUUACACUUGGCUCGACUCGUUCUUAUAAAAGUUCGAAUUAUUUGCGAGUUGAAACUAAGUGCAAUGAAAAAGUCCCAAGAGAGAUGGCAUCUCAAGCAGCUUUACUAGAACUUAUAGCAACAGGAUCUAUUCCAAAGUUAAAGAAACAUUUCGAACAAAUUUUUAAGUAUGCCGACCAACUUUUCCCUCAGGAAGUUUGGGUUGUACAUUUUUCUCGGGAGGAUUCUAUUGUGUUGGAUUCAUAUUGGCCUUCUGAUGAACUGCAGAAGAGAGGAUUAAAUGUUGUGCAUUUUUGGCACGAUAAAGAAUUUAAGAAUGUUCGUAUGAGUUCCCGAUUUCGAGAUGCCACG